CUUCAUUGAAUCAUACGCUAUGUGCUGAGACAGACCGACCCGCCCCCGCGAAACCGAAACACAAGAUACGGGCUUGGGUUGGAGCUGCUCCGGGGAACUCGCCAUUUCAUUUCAACAUUUAGGGAACUUUGGCACAAAGAUACAGGUGUGACAUAUCAAGAAGCUGAUGAAACAGCAUGAUCAUUACACAGGGCACCUUGUGCUGGGGACAAUAAAAGAAUGGCGCUGGACAUCUAUGACUCUCAGUACUUGGUAAUCCUGGCCCCAUCCCUGGUCAUCGCCCUCAUCUUCCUCUUCUUCUGGCUCUUCAUGAAGGAGACCUCUUAUGAUGAGGUGCUAGCCAGGCAGAAACGAGAUCUCAAGCUGCCACCCUCCAAACCAGACACUCGCAAGAAGAAUGACAAGAAAAAGAGCAAGAAGAAGGAGAGCAGUAGCGGAGGAGGUGGUGGGGGAGGAGGAGAGUCAGAGGAAGACCUGCGGGACUUUGACAUGGCUGACGCCGUGAGCAGCUCCACCGCUGAGGAGGAGGAGCCUACCCCUAUGGCCCCGCCCACCCCGGUUCCUGUCCCUGUGGCAGCACCAGCCGAGGCCCCUGUAGGGGUGAGGGAGAGGAAGAAGAAGGAGAAGAAAGCUGCCAAAGCUGCAGCUGUUCCCCCUGCCGAGGAACCUGAGGUGAACGGCUCCAAGCCAGCUGGCCGCAAAGCAGAGCCCCCUGCCCCAGUGGCUAAACCCAGUCCCCCCUCACCCCAGCUUGACCACCAGUCUCAGCCCCCAUGCCAGGCCCAGCCCCCAUGCCAGGCCCAGAUCCCACCCCAGCCCUCUGGCAAGAAGAAGAAGGAGAAGAAGCAGAAGACAGAGUCUGUGGAGGAAGAGAUUAAGGUGGAGAAGGCUCCAGCUUCAGUCAAAAAGGAGGCUCCAGUGCUGGUGGAAACCAAAGCACAGGAUGGUCCUGCCCCCCCAGACACCACCACAACCAGUGGCAAAAAAAGAAACCCUGCCAAGAAGCAGAAGACUGAGCAUGCCCCAGUGGAUGAUGUCCAGGCUGACUCUGCGACUUCUGCCAACCACAAUGAUGAUGCGCCCUCCAAGGGGAGUGGCAAGAAACAGAAGAACGAGGCCAACAAAGAGAAUUCUGAGGUGAAGCUGAAGGAGCUGCUAGUGGGCCUGGGCAGUCUGGCCCUGUCACAGGCAGAGGCUGUGAGUGUGGUUACUGUGCUUAAAGAAAAGAACCCCUCUGCCCUGGACGCUUGGCAGAAGUCUGCAGUGAAGACUGACCCCUCAUCCCUGGAGAGAGAGAGGCUCCUCACCACUCUGCAGGAGGAAGCCUCCAUCGCCAAGGACAAGGUCCAGCAGCUCAGCAAGGAGCUGCAGCAGGAGAAGCAGAAGACUGUGAGAGUGGAGGCAGUUCUGAGGGACCAGCGUGGGGCAAUGGAGAAGGAGCUGAAUGUCGUACAGGCUAAAGCCCAGGGAGAGCUUCAGGGCAUGCAGAUGAAGUUCCAGAAGCUGAGGGAGCAGCUGGAGGGUCAGAUCGCCAGGCUGCAGCAGGAGAACGGCAUCCUGAGAGACGCAGUCAGCUCUGCCACCAACCAGAUGGAGAGCAAGCAGUCGUCGGAGCUGAACCAGCUGCGCUCGGAGUACUCUGGUCUGAUGAAAGAGCUGACAGAGAACAACAACAAGCUGCAGCAGGAGGAGCACCAGAGGAAGUCGCUGGAGGUCAACUACAAGCAGAACGUGUCUCAGCUGGAGGCUCAACUGCAGGAUGCUAAGCGGGGUUGGGAGGAGCUCCAGAAUUACCUCCACAAUGUUAACGCAGAGAGGGAGAAACUUCAUGCUGCUAAAGAAGAGCUGCAGAGCCAGCUGCUGGCGGUGGAGACAGAGAUGAGCAACAAGAACAAGGAGAUCCAGACGCUGCACAGCAGCCUGACCGACACCAUUGUGUCCAAGGACCAGGUGGAGCUGAAGGUGAUGCAGCUGCUGGAGGUGUCCCAGCACAGCCUGGCUGAAGACUCAGUGCAGGUCCAGGAUCUCCUGAGUGAAAAAAGUGGCCUCAAUGCCCAGAUUGAGACUCUGCAGGCCCAGUUGAGCUCUCAGGCCACUACUGUCUCCCACUUUGAAGAGCUGCAGAAGCUGCUGGCUGAGAAGGAGCUGCAGAGGAAGAGUCUGGAGGACUCCCUGAAUAGUGAGAGGAGCAGUGGCGCCAGCAGGGAAACUAACAUGCAGGCCAUGCACAAUGACAACAUGUCACUGAAGGCAGCGCUCCAGAAUCUGCAGGCUCAGAUUUCUGAACAGACUGUUUCUCAGCUGGCCUUGGAUCAGUUCCAGAAGAGUGUCCAAGAGAGGGAGGAGAAAAUCAAGACUGUGGAGGACCUGCUGAAGAUGGGAAUGAUUGAGGUGGCCAAUAAGGAGGAGGAAUUGACGACUGUAAGAGAAGAGAAUAAGGCUCUGAAACGUGAUAUGGAGGCAUUUAUUCUUCAGACUACUGAGCAGACAUCAUCCGAUUUGAUAAUGGAAGGUCUACAGAGCAAGAUCCAAGAGAAAGAUGAGCAGAUUAAGUCAAUGGAGGAGAGCCUACAGGCAGCACAGGCGAGUGGCUCCAGCAAUGGGAUGACCAUUGAGUCUCUGGAGCAGCAGGUGGCAGGGCUGCAGUCUGACAUGGAGCAGCUGAGACAGAAGCAGGCUGUGGACACCACCAGUGCCAGCGACCAGCUCCUAGAAUUACAGACACAGCUUGCUGCUAAGGACCAGGAGAUCCAGACACUACAGAGUGAGUUGGAGUCAAGGGCCAAGGAGGUGAGCGACAAGGUGCAGGAACUACAGCAGAAACAGACCCACACAGAGGCCCCAAGCCUGGAACUGCUGACAGCGUUGGCAGAGAAGGAGAAGCAGGUGUCUGAUCUCCAGGGAGAGCUGGCUAAGCUGAGGGAGUCCUUGGAGCUUCACAGGAACAAGAACAAUGAGCUUCGGGUGAAAAACUGGAGCGCUAUGGAGGCUCUGGCAGCCACCGAGUCCAUGCUUCAGGGGAAACUCAGCAAGGCCCUCAAGGAGAACCAGACAGCCUUGGAGAUAGCCCAGGCAGAAUGUCGAGGUGUUCUGCACAGACUGCUUCCGAACGUGCCUCUGCCCACUGAACGGAACCACCAGGAGUGGCUGCAGAGGUUUGAGACUGCAGUGAAAGAGGCCCCGGCAGCAGAGCCCAACCCUGCCCCUGAAGCAGCACCUGAACCUGCUCCAGAGGGCUCAGAGGACACCAAGGUGUUGGCUGAUAAGCUGAAGGAAUCUGAAGAGGCCCAGAAGGUUCUACAGAAAGAUUGUGAGACGUACAAGAAAGUGUUGGCUGAGACGGAGGGCAUCCUUCAACGUCUCCAGAGCAGUGUGGAGAAGGAGGAGUCUCGAUGGAAGGUGAAGCUGGAUCUGUCACAGACAGAGCUGAAAGAGAUGAGUGUGAAAGUUGCAGCACUGGAGCAGGAUGUAGACAGACUGAGUGACGUCGGAGAGUUGGACAACUUGAUAAGAGACAAGCAGCACCUUGAGUCUGCGCUGGAGAGAGCAGAGCGUGAGAGCGCCACCUAUGUGACAGAGGUCAGAGAGCUGAAGACCCAGCUGACUGAGACUCUGUCAAAACUGGAGACCGAGGAGAGUGAGAGGCAGAAGGUGGCUGGAGAUCUCUAUAAGGCCCAGCAGUCUCUGGAUCUGAUCCAGGAGGAGUUCUGCAAAGAGACCGGCCAGGGUGACCUGAUAGAGAACAGCAACCUCUCAUCACACGAGGAGAUUGACAGGAAGGAGAAGAAGACUGCAGGGCUGAACCAAACUGUGAGGGAACUGCAGCAGCUGCUACAGGCUGUCAACCGGCAACUCACCAAGAGACAGGAGGCGGAAUCGGACAAAGACUCGCCUGAAGUAUAGGGAGGGGAGGAUGGACACUCCCAAUCUUACUACAAAGACCACCCCCAACCUCCCCACCACCUCUCCUAUCAUGGCCUCUCCUCUCCUGUCACACUCCUCUCUUUCCCCUCACCUGUACUGUAGGCAGCCACUUGCUGAUCCUCUGUCACUGCCUGCCACUGACCUGUAACCUCUGACCUCCAGCUGCUCCUCCUCAGCAGGGUCAGGGAGAGACUUCGCUGGGCCCCAGAGGAGAGGGGCUCCCUCACGCUACACACACACUCCGGACACCAAACCAGACCUUACUACUCCAAAGUCCCACCACAUUCCUCAUGAUCCUUACAGUAGCACAGCCAGUGCUAAAGACAUCCUACACAUGUCAGACUGUGGCAUCUCCCCCCGUUUACCCCCUUUUUUCAAUGGAAAUCUUUGAAUACAGAUUAGUUUUUUUCUCUGUUAGUUUUCUUUGUCCAGAGGGUGAUGAAGUGGAUUCCUACUUCAUUAAAUUAACUUUGGUUCUCUUUCCUUUUUUUUAAAGUUAAAAAUGAAAAAUGUAUUGUUAAAAAAGUAACUGUUAGGACCUGCUGACAUUACACUACAAUUGUUGAUCUCCUUUGCUGACAGCUCACAAACUGUAAAUGUGCAUUGAUCCAUGAAUACAUAGGUACUGUAUAUGCAUACUUUGGCUGAGGUAUUUUGGAGGGGGCAAGGGCAUGAGGGAGGGUCCCAGCAUGUCAGACGGGUCACUAAGUAACUAACCAUGGAGGAAGUCUAAGUGCAGAGCCAGUAGGAGGGAGGCUGUGACCCAUCCUCGCUGUGGGAGCAGUAGGACAGGUCUACAGAAUAGAGGUUUUAAUCCUACUGUAACUACUUUAGGAAGAGGUGUCCCAUAUCAUCUGUAAUCAACACUCGCUAUAUUGUUGCUAAUUUCAUUAACAUGGAAUAUUUCUUUUUUUUUGUAACAGGUGACAGUUAAUUAAAGGGAUGCUUGAUAAAUCUG